AUGGCGUUUCUGCGAUCAACAAAACCCAGAAAGAAACGAACUGCCAACACAUUGGCUUGCCUUCUUCAGGCUGUGGAGGGUAGCUCGGUAGUCAUUGAACUGAAGGAUUAUUCUGUUGUACAAGGUAUUCUGGCUCAUUGUGAUGAUGCUAUGAAUGUAGAAAUGAAGGCCGUUACUAUUCAUGAAUCCAAGCACCAUAUUAUGCCUCUUCAUUGCGAUAGUUUCCAUAUACAAGGCAAAUUUAUACGUUUUGUACACUUCGAUCAUUAUUUCAACGCUUCCAAAGUAAUACACAAGUGGUUGAAUGUUUCGCGAAAUUUCGGGGGACCAUUAAGGAAGAAGACAUGCUAG